AUGACAUUCAGUCACCACUCACUCUUGUUAUUGUGUACCUCUUCUCUCGUGCUUCUUCUUUUCACUUUCCCCUCUCGCCAACAAUUUAUUUCAGUCAGCCAGAAUUUCACAGCUGCCUUUGAUGCUGCCAUUCAAGAGCUCGUUUCUAGCCCCACUUGGAUUCAAUACUAUUCGGAAAAUAUGUUCUUUGCAGUUCCGAAAUGUUCGACAAAGGUUGAAUGGCCAGAAAAGGAUCCAUUCGUUGGACGCUUCAAAAUAGUGACUUGUUUUGAGAGUGCAACAUCUUCACCAUGGCUGGAAACAAAAACAAAAUUGGCCGACAGUGUGGUUGCAAUUAUUAACAAUCACUACAAGACCAAUUACACCAAUGAAUUGAAAAGAUAUAGUACAAUCGAAUUGGGUUUCUUCCAAACGCUGAAAAACGCCGUAGCAACAGGAGAUUGUGACAUUGUGACAACACAAACUCAACCGAUUGUCGAGAGAGCACAAUUUGUACAUUUUCAAUGUGGAUUUGGUUUGGCUUCGAAGGGAUGGGUUAGAACAGGAAAAGAUCCUCAAAUUGUGAUACAAAAUGUUUCUGAUUUGAACAACAAUGGAAUUCUUGUUGGAGCUUUGACGGGUACUGCAUAUGAAACCUUUGUGAAGAGCUCUCUAACUAAAGCCACUUUAGUUCCCUUGUUCUCUGUCACUUCUCAAUUCGACGCUGUUUUGAAUCAAAAUGUUCAUGCCAUAAUUGGAGAUGCCAUUCAACUCUUAUCAUGGAAAAAACAAGUUGGAAAUUGCAAUUGUGAAGUGAAGGCCUUUGAUACUUCUUAUGAAUACUCCACUUUUACUAAUGGAAAUAUUACCUAUGAAAAAAAUGCUGCUUCUUUUAAACCUAACACUAGUGUGGUUAGUUUGGCAACAACAAACAGUUUCGGAAAUCAAUAUGUGAUGCCAGUGACACUAUUGAUGAUGGUUAUUAUGCUGAUUCAAAGAUAUAAAGAAUAA